UUCUACAUUCUAAGUUGGUAAUUCGGUCGCUCGUCGUUCUGUCGCCUAAUCACAAUACCGUUAAUUUUCAUCGUCUAAUCGGAUAGUAGAUUGAUGGAAAGUAACAAUUAUCCGUUAAUUAUUUACAAGGAUCUUUGAGAAGAUUUUGAUAUCGAUCCAAGAGGUUGAUACUGGAAUGAGUUCCCCCAUGUCCAGUCUAAACAGUCUUUUCUCAUUCACGAGUCCUGCUGUAAAGAGACUUCUUGGUUGGAAACAAGGAGAUGAAGAGGAAAAAUGGGCUGAAAAGGCAGUUGACUCAUUGGUAAAGAAACUGAAGAAGAAGAAAGGUGCAUUAGAAGAGUUGGAGAAGGCCCUGAGUUGUCCAGGACAACCGAGUAAAUGUGUUACAAUCCCCCGCUCACUGGAUGGUCGAUUGCAAGUGUCCCACAGGAAAGGACUACCACAUGUCAUUUAUUGCAGGGUGUGGCGAUGGCCAGAUCUGCAGAGUCAUCAUGAAUUAAAACCUUUAGAUAUAUGUGAAUACCCAUUUAGUGCUAAACAGAAAGAAGUAUGCAUUAAUCCUUAUCACUACAAAAGAGUAGAAAGUCCAGUGCUACCACCAGUCCUUGUUCCACGCUACAGUGAGUUUCCUGCAGGUCAUGGAUCGCCGCCCUCAUUGCCCCCAUUCCAACAAGCCCCAGAACCAGCAAUGCCACACAACAUAAGCUUUGACCCUAAUGGCUUUCACCCAUCCCAGGGACCUAACUCUCCUGCUAGCUCAGGACCGGGCAGCCCAUAUGGUUUGCCAGCGGGCACACCACCACCAGCAUAUCAGCCACACGAUGAUAAUGCCAAUGUGAAUAACCAAAACAGAAACAACCAUCCACGGCCCCACCAUCAGCCAAUGGACACAAUGCCUGCAUCCUCCCAUGGAAACAGAGUAGGACCUGGAGGUAUGUCUGUAAAACUGACAGAUCUGCAGCCAGUGACUUAUCAGGAACCCCAGUUCUGGUGCUCCAUUGUCUACUAUGAGCUGAACAACAGGGUGGGGGAAGCCUUCCAUGCAUCACAAACAAGCAUUGUUGUUGACGGAUUCACCGAUCCUUCUAACAAUGCAGAUCGAUUCUGCUUGGGAUUACUGUCAAAUGUUAACCGCAACUCUACCAUAGAGAAUACCAGAAGACACAUUAGUAAAGGUGUGCAUUUGUAUUAUGUGGGAGGAGAGGUGUUUGCAGAAUGCCUGAGUGACUCUAGUAUAUUUGUUCAGAGUCGUAACUGCAAUUACCACCAUGGAUUUCAUCCCACCACAGUGUGCAAGAUUCCUCCGGGCUGCAGUUUGAAGAUCUUCAACAACCAAGAGUUUGCAGCUCUACUCAGUCAGUCUGUCAACCAUGGCUUUGAGGCUGUCUAUGAACUCACCAAAAUGUGCACCAUUAGGAUGAGUUUUGUCAAGGGCUGGGGGGCAGAGUACCACCGCCAAGACGUGACCAGCACCCCUUGCUGGAUUGAGAUCCAUUUAAAUGGCCCCCUGCAGUGGCUGGACAAAGUCCUGACUCAGAUGGGUUCCCCUCACAACCCUAUCUCUUCUGUAUCCUGAUCGUCAGAACCCUCCGUCUCUCAAACCAAUCGAUCUCGAGGCCAAAAAAAAUAUCACCGGUCACUCAGUGUUGUCAUGUACAUCGAAUUGUCAAAGCUAAAAAUGGAGAUGUCCAACCAGAAUUACAAAAUUUAUGUUAUAUCUCAGAGUGUUUUUAUAUAUGUAAACUACUCAGCAGUUGUAUGAUGAAUAAGCAGUUGUCUGUGCAUUCCAAAUGAGUUAGUGCUUUGUAUAUCUGAGUUGCCUACAGUUGUCAGCUAUAGCAUGUUUAUAGAUAUCAUCAGUUUUGAGGUUGUAAUGUUUUCAAGGGUAAUCUUACUGAAAGUGGUAAACUUUUUUAAAAGUGGCAAAAAUUUGUGGAGAAGGAGAUAUAUUAACACUCAAAGUGCACCAUUAUAUUUUAUGUUUGUAGAAAGAUGGUGAAUUAUAAAUUAUUUGAUAGAUGAAAGGGUAUAUACAUGUAUAUAUAUUUAAUAGUAUGUCUGCAUGUCAUCUUAAUUCUUGUUGUUAGUUCUGUGAUGUAAAUAUUGUGCUAUUCUAACAGACACUGCAUAUCUACUAACACUAUUUGUUGACACAAAAAAGCCUUAAGCUUAGAUACUAGCAAUUAUGAGUAGUAAAUUAACCAGGAACUUUUUUUUUUGCUCACUCCAGUAGAAAUGCAGUGUGGCAUUAUUGAUGAUAAGAUAAAACCAUUCUGGGGUUGCUACAUUUGAUAAAAGAUGAAUGUUGCAUGAUAAAAGAUUAUAGUCUUCAGCAAACUUGAUCAGAAAUACAAUGUAGUAUGGACAUUCACAUACCAUAUCUAUUGAUGCAUGUUGGAAACAUAAAAUUAUCAUUAAAUUUCAUAUUGACAUGAUUUUGUGAACAAUAUAAAUACCUUUUAGAGAUAUUGUCAAUCAGCUGGAUUUGUACAUACUGUAAUAAUGGCAUAUAUUGAUAAAGCUGAAAAAGAUUUACUUCUCUUCAAGACAUGGUAUUUUUUUUUUUAUUUCAGAUGGGAUAUUUUCCCUUCUUCUUUAGUGCACCUGCACAAAAUAAAUAGUUCAUGAUUUUCAGACUACUUAACCAUAUGUUGUAUGUUUCUAAACUACUGCGUUGUACAUUUGAAGUUGUAGGAAAAAAGUUUGAUGCUAUUAACAAUGAACAAAAAACUGUAUUCUAAACUACAUGUAUGUACAGUGUAUGAAUGGUAAAACUGAAAUUUAUAGGAACAUUUUUAUAUUAAUUGUUUGCAGAACAAAAUUAUGAUUCAUUGUAUACGCUUCCGAAGUAAGUGCUGGAUUUAUAAUUUUAUAGUUUAUACUUGUUUAAAGUGAAAGAGCAACUGAUGUGAUAAAACAUUUUUACUUCAUUGUUUAUUAUUUUCUGGGUCACAAAAUAUAUAUUCUCUGUUACAAAUGUACCCCCAUGAAAUGUAGAUUACUUAUUAUAUGCCAAUUCUCCAAUUAUUUAUGAUCAUGUGAUAAAUAUUUCAAAUAUUUGGAUCUGCAAAUUUUGUGUUUUCGAGAAUUUGCAAUUGAAAAUGUUCCCUGUGUACUUGAUCAAACAAUGUAAAUGAAAUAUUGGUGUUCUGGUGUAUAAUAAGUAAUCUACAACACAUUAUAUUGAUUUUCUCUGGGAAAUAUCUUGCAAUGAAUUGAUUUGCUUUUUCAGAAGGGAUCCCAGAUUAGGCUUAUGUCAGUUAUAAAGAGUUGAAAAUGAUAAGAAUUUUUACUAUUGUUGAUUUAUAUGAACUUUUUUUAUAUAUAUAUUCUAAGUUAAUGUCAAAUGAAAAAUAUAGGUUGUAUUUUUUAUUUUUGCAUUUUACUAUAUUGAGCAAGGUUUUUGAAUGAAGAUGUAAUAUUUUGUUGCUGGAUACAUAAUGACUUUUAUAAUGUAGAAUGCAGUUGGAGGCAGAUGAUUAAUAGCUUGUUUAAAUUGAGGAUGUAUAAAAAAGUGAAAUUUUCCUACUAUUAUGUGUACAUCAAUUUCUAUACCUUUCACAAUCGUUUGAUACAGGGAGAAUUUUCUUGUCCUGUUUAUGGUAAUUGUCUGUAUACUCCUGUGUAGUACCAGUGUAUUGAUGUGUAAUAACAGUGAGGUCAAAGGUCACAGGGAACUUAGGAGGCAGCCUUUGUUUAGAUCUGAUCAUGCCAUAUUGAGUAACGGAACUUGGCAUCUUACUUUUCUGUGUCCAUCAUGUAGUUAAGUUUUUAACUCUACCAUUGCAGUUGUGUUGCUGCAGAUAGAAAUAUUUAGAGCAAACUGUCUUAGCUUUUGAAAAAACCAAGAAUCUCUCCCAAGCUAUGUUUUACAUCAUUUCUUUUGCCAAACUUUGAUCUUUUUACAUUUAUUCAAUUUCACAAAGGUGUCCUUGUUGUAAACAUAACCUGUGCAAUGCAUUUACCGUAAAAUUGAGAAAUGUUUAUGUUGCAAUGAACAAAAAAGCAUUACAUUAUUUCAGCAUGUAGUUGUCACCAGUAUUGAUGUGAUGACUGCCUUUUUUUCCUGCUUGUAGCUAUCACUGCAUGUAUAAAUAUACUGCUUCAGAUGUCAUCAGCUGCAUAAUAAAAGAGAACCUUACAA